CUGCAUGCGCGCAACAAUUGGAAAUGAAGUCUGCAUUGAUUUUUCUUCUUUUUCUCAACCUUAUCCAUAUUAUUCACGGCAGCAAUAGCGAAAUCAAUGACGGUGACUAUUUGAUCACUGUACCACGAGUGUUGCGAGGUGGGACGACUGUUAAUAUUGGUGUUAAUAUUUUUGGAAAUGUUUCUUGCGAUGUGGAAAUCAGUCUGCUUGGACGCUUUGGAAUCAACGGUGGAGCAAAAGGCCAUUUUCAACCCAAUGAAAUUGCAAAACUGGAACUGAAGGUACCAAAUGAGUUUGUGCAAAGCGUAAGAGCAACGGUUGGCAACAACACAUCAGAAACAAAAAUUUCCUAUGAAGAGACUACCCCUGUGAAAAUUUUCAUUCAAACUGACAAACCAAUUUACAAACCUGGACAAGAAGUUCAGAUGAGGAUCAUUUAUGUCAAUUCCGAAUUGAAACCUGCAGGGAAGAAGGUGUCCUCUGUUAUAGUACAGGAACCAAGUGGUUCGAAGAUAAUGAAGUGGACUGAUGUUGAACUACACGAUGGAAUUGCAGGAUUAAGUCUUAACCUAUCGAAAGAACCAGUUCUAGGAAAGUGGAAAAUACAAGCAACUAUCGAGGGAAUAACCGCUACAAAGAAUUUUGAAAUAGAAAAAUACGUUUUGCCCAAAUUUGAAAUAAAAAUCGAAUUCCCUCCUUACCUCGCUAAGGAUAAAAAAGAUAUUCCUAUUUCUGUAUGUGCCAGUUAUACAUAUGGAAAAGAUGUUACAGGAGUGCUCAAAACCCAAUUAUGUCUUGUGGGUAAUUUUGCGGCGUCGUCGUGGUGGUGGUGGACGAGGAAUAUUCCCAAAUUAUGUGUGACAGAAGUUAAAAAUCUAACAGGGUGUCAAGAAUAUGAUGCUUGGAAGUUACUUAUUGAGCCAAAUAGGUGGAAUUACCCGUACCGUUACUUAUUUCAAUACAACAGUUAUCGUGUCCGUAUUCAGGCAAUUUUUACCGAAACAUCGACUGGGAUCACAAGAGAAAACAUUGCUACUUCAUCAUCCUCAAAACGUUAUUCAAAACAAAUCUCCUUUCUUGAACUUCCUAAAAAAUUUAAACCUGGUUUACCCUUUCGAUUCGAGAUCAAAAUUUCAUAUCUUGAUGGAAAACCAGUGACUGAUGGUGAUGUUCUUUUAUCGAUCUCAGGAAAACGUUUUUACAAUCGCGCUUAUAAGACGUUAAUGAUUAAAAAUUAUUCCGUCAAAAAGGGUUUAAUAGCAGUUAGCUUCGAAGACAUGCCGCAUGAUACAGAAUACCUAAGUCUUAGGGCUACCUACGGUAUCAUCAGUUCAUUUGCUUAUUCAAACGCUUGGUAUUCUCCAAGUCUGAGCUAUUUGCAACUUAUUAAAUCACAGCGGUCCCCAACAAAGAUUGGAAGUCAAGGCGCUUUGAAGGUUUCAUACACAGUUCGUUAUGAUGCAGCAAAAAUCACAAGCUUUCACCACACGAUUAUGUGCAAAGGAAAUCUGGUAUCAACUGGAGUUACCAAAAUACGUCUAAAUUCUUUACACUCAAACAAGACACUCGAACACAGCUCACCACCACCUAUUACAACUUUAGGCCCAUUUAUCCAUCCUUUUACGACCAUAUCAGCUCCAGCUGUUAAAGAAUUUGAGAUUAAAUUCAACAUUACCCAACAGAUGGUCCCUAGUUGUAGAAUUCUUGUGUACUAUGUCCGGCCAGAUAGGGAGACCGUUGGUGAUAGUAUUGUUUACGACAUUGAGGACAGACUUGAAAACCAGGUAUCGGUAGACUUUGCGGAAAAACAAAAGAGACCUGGUGAAAAAACCAAGAUGAUCAUAAAGGCAAAACCUGGAUCUCGUAUAGCAAUUUCUGCCUUGGAUAAAAGUGUUUUACUUUUACGAAACGCAAACGACUUGAAGAAAAGUGAGGUCAUGGGCAUUUUAAAUCGACAAGAUGUUAGUCCAAUCGAAAGAUACUUGGGGAACUGCGACAAUUAUUGGUCAAAACCUUUUAUAGGUGAUGCUUCUGAAGCGUUUAAUAUGGCAGGUGUUGUAUUUCUCUCAAAUUUGAACGUUUUUACCCAACCGUGUCGCAGAGGCCAUUUGAAAACCACCAUUCGAACUUUUUUCGUCACGGUACCUCCAAAGAUGACCACGAGACCUCCAGAGGUAGUCACGGAAUUUCCAGAGGUAGUCACGGAAGCUCCAGAAGUAUUCACGGAAGCUCCAGAGGUAGCCACGGCACCUCCAGUGGUAUUCACGGAAGCUCCAGAGGUAUUCACGGAUGCUCCAGAGGUAGUCACGGAAGCUCCAGAGGUAGUCACGGAGGUUUUACAUCCGACCACCAGAUUGCCAAAAAGAAAGCAGAAGCCAAUAAAGAAAGUGGAAGUCCGUAAAGAUUUCCCGGAGACGUGGCUUUGGAGGGAUGUGAAGUUGAAUGACACAUCUGAAAUGCAAGUCAUGGAGGUGGAAAUUCCUGAUACCAUCACCACCUGGGUGGCAAAAGGUUUUGCUAUGUCUUCUGUGUAUGGCAUGGGGAUCUCAGAUAAAACGAGAUUAAAGGCUUUUCAACCAUUCUUUAUUCAAAUGAAUCUGCCGUACUCUGUGAUCCGGGGAGAAGAAAUACCUAUCACUGUUACAAUCUUCAACUAUCUAUCCUCCUGUGUUCCGCUGAAACUCGAACUUAAUCGCGAAACUAAGGAUUAUAGAGUGACGUCAUUCUAUAUUAAUAAGUUGUGUGUAUGUGGAGAUGAUGGAAUUUCCGUAAAGUUCAAGAUAAUUCCCAAAAAAGUUGGGAACAUUGCAAUAAAGGUUACGGCUAUAACUUCGGAGGCCCGACUUUGUCCCAAAUCAACGAUCUACGCCGCUGAUGCAGUGAAAAGGAACUUACUGGUUGAGCCCGAGGGAAUACAGCAAGACUAUACAGAAGGAAUCUAUUUUUGCGCUGAAAACGACCCGAAAAACGAGAUGAUUGAUUUAGUUCUUCCUGAAAUCGUCAUUCCGGGAUCCGUACUUCCACAACUAUCAGUCGUUGGUGACAUCAUGGGUCCAGCUCUGUCCAAUCUUGACGGAUUAUUGAGAAUGCCCUACGGUUGUGGGGAACAGAAUAUGGCCAAAUUCGCCCCAAAUAUAUAUAUAAUGGAUUAUCUUACAAACACAGAUCAAGUUACUUCGAAAAUAAAGGACAGCGCUAUUCAUUAUAUGAAUUCCGGGUAUCAAAGAGAGUUGAGGUACAAACGAAGAAGUGGUUCGUACAGCGCUUUCGGAAAUUCGGACAAAUAUGGAAGUAUGAUGUUAACAGCAUUUGUUGUUCGUUCAUAUGCACGGGCGCAACGAUUUAUUUUCAUUGACGAGGCUGAUAUUACGCACAGCAUCAACUGGUUUUCGACAAAGCAGAGAUCGUCCGGUUGUUUCCCAAGUUACGGUCGACUUUUUGAUAGAUCCCUACAGGGUGGUGUCAAUAGUGAACUCACCAUUACCGCCUACGUAACCAUAGCUUUGCUCGAGGCUGGCAUUGGUGUUGAGACAAAAAUGGUAUCUAAAGCUCUUGAUUGCAUUACUAAGGAGCUAGAUAAUGAUGUGCACGAUUCAUAUACUACGUCAUUAAUAACAUACACAUUGACGUUGGCAAAUCAUUCGAUGGUUGGAAUUAUGAUGGAUCGCUUGGAUAAAAAGGCUAUCUCAAAAGAUGAUCAACUUUUCUGGUCAAGAAGCAAUGUGCAGCGUGGAUCGCGAUCCGGUGAUGUGGAAAUGACUGGUUACGCUUUAUUGUCGUAUCUCAGACGUGAAGAUUUUUUCGUAGCUAAAUUAAACGCUGUUAAGAUAGUUAGAUGGCUAUCAAAACAGCGCAAUGGCUUUGGGGGAUUUUCUUCAACACAGGAUACCUGUGUAGCGCUACAGGCUCUUUCCGAAUUUGCUCAGAAAACAUAUCAUGGUGAUUCGUCUUUGAAUCUAAGAAUAUCGACGAAUAUUGGGGACAUUUUUGGACACGAUUUUCAGCUCACUGGUGACAAUAAAUUCAUUUUGCAACGAGUGGAAAUCCCAAGUGAUGCUUUACCAAAUCAAAUGAAUGUAACGGCAUCUGGGUCAGGAUGUGCUUUGUUUCAGGCGUCAGUGAAAUACAACAUUCCUGUGCCGAAGAAACCACCGGCUUUUAAAGUGGAAGUUUCUGUACAUCGUAGGGAAGCAACCGCAGACGAAGAAACAACGACUUGCUAUCCCUUGCAGUUAAAGAUCUUCGCAGAAUGGUUGAAAGAAGAUGUGUCAAAUAUGGCUAUAGUUGACGUCAAGCUUGUGUCUGGAUUUACUGCUAACGAAGAAUCACUCCAGGAGAAACUGGAGCAGGGAAAUCGUGUCACUGAGGGAGAAUCGGCGAUCCUGAAGCGCUAUGAAAUCGAGGGACAAAAUAUUAUCCUUUACUUUGAUGAGAUUAAAACAAUGCAUUUCUCUCUUGAUAUUAUUCAAAGUACUUUGGUGAAAAAAACAAAGCCUGGCGUUGUCAGAGUUUAUGAUUACUAUAGUCCAGAGAGUGAGGGGAAAGUAAUGUACAACAUCACAGAGGAAGAUUGUUAUGGGGAAAGGAUUCGAAAUGAGUGUCCGAAGUGUUUAUCUGUGGAUAAUUUUGAGGAUUUCUUUGACAAGAAUAUCAAUUGUUCUACAUAUCUGACGCGUGUUAAGAGCAUUAAUGGUCGAAUGAAGGUGAAAAAAGCUUAUAUAAAAACAAAGAAGACCCAGAACCGCAAGUUGAGUUCCUAUGAAAUACCUGAAUUUUGUCCUUGCGACGAAAUAUAUAAUGGUGUAACAUCAUUGGUGAUAGGACUGAGUGAUUACUUCCAAACUAAGGACGACAAAACCUCCAUCGUGUUCAACGCUGCUACGACAGUUGCGAAGUGGAAUGGACAGAGAAUGAAAAAGAUUUUCAGAGAGAAGAUGAUCUCGAAAAUUUAUCGUAGAUGUAAAGCAUUGGCGAUGAAAAGAAAAAGUGGAUAGAAAGGAACUGUUUGGACUGGAUGGUGAAUCCCUUUAUUAAUGUUCAAGUAAUGAAUUGUGAUACAAAAUAGUUUUUCAACUUAAA